GCGUCCGGCUUCGUUUUGGUUUCAUACUUUUUUUGCCUUAGUCAGUUGAAGGUUCUUCUUAUUUUUCGCCAUGAAGAUGCUGAUCCUCCUUUUUGUGUUCAUCGCCUUGGCAAGCCAUUCUAUGGCUCUGAAAAAUGAAAUUUGUGAAUUACCCCGCGAUCCUGGUCCAUGCAGGGCAUUUAUUGAACGUUGGACUUAUGAUUCUCGAACAAAAGAAUGCAAAUACUUUAUCUACGGAGGAUGUGGUGGCAACGCAAAUAAUUUUUAUUUCAAGGAACAGUGUAUAGAUAAGUGCGUGGAAUAAUGUCUUUAUCAUAAUAUCUGUAGAAUAAAGAUUGUAUGAGUACGAAACACAA